UAGAUUAGCUGGAAGAGAACACGAUCUUGUAUUGGUUACCGUGAGUUAAAUGGAAGACGGUGAUUACCACUAUUCCAUUUUAAAUGGACUGUACGUAUAGACAAAUUGUACUUUUAAUAUUAUUGUUAUAUUUUAACUUUAAACAGGUGGCUUUGUCAAAGAUGAAGACCUUAUUGAUAAUAGCAGUAACCUGUGCACAUGUGCUCUAUGCUCUACCGCCAACCAAACAAUCAACGGCUUUAACCAGUUUCUUGACAAAAAUCAACUUUGCGCGAAACACUGACACAGUUUCCAAUUUGGCCGCCACUCCUAAAAAUGAAGCCCGACAUUUCAACCCAUCUUACCCUUACAAUUCAAACCCCUACUUACACAACCCAUACUCUAAUGCCUACCCUAAUCCGUACGCUUACAACCCUUACAACGCAGCAGGAACCGGAACGGGGACCUACAACCCUUUCAACACAGCAGGAACAGGAGCCUACACGUCGACAGCUAUUAACCCCUAUAAUCCCCCAAAAUAUUACAAGGAUCCCCAGGGUAAACUUUACAACGUUCUAUCCAACGGAAGUCUUUACGACCCUGUUACAUUACGUACAUACCCUCCUGGACCUAACGGCGAAAGAACUAUCCCAAAUACAAGCGGAACUGGAGGAAGUUAUACCGUAACACCGGACGGUUCAACCUACACCACCCUUAAUGGUAUCAGAUAUCGAGUAGACUCCCCAGCUGCUGACGGAAAUCGGUACUACACCGAUGCUAGCGGUAACAAAUUCUUCAUCGAUUCUUCAGGAACCAGAAUAUACGUCCUGCCAAGUGGAGUUCAGUACUAUACUGAUCCUACAAGUGGGACGACAUAUUAUAAAGAUUUAGAUGGAACUGUGUACUACACAGGAAGUAAUGGCGUCACAUAUUAUAAGAAUCCAACAAAUGGUGACGUUUACAUUAAAGAUGCUUUUGGCAAUAUCUAUGGUACUACACCGAGUGGUUUGAGUUAUAUCACUACUGCUAAUGGUUGUUCAUACAGUGUUAGUGGUACAGGAGCAACAACCCUAACCACUACUAGUAACGUUAAUUAUUGUCCAGCUACCUUCACCGGAAGCUCCCCAGAUGGCACAACCUUCACUGGUUAGACAGUAUUUAAAGCAGACUAUAUACAGCCACUGGUGUAGAUCAUUCUUCACAAAAUGCAUUAACAAUCAAU